AUCAGAGGACCUAGAGUGAUACUACAAUGGAAGAAAUCAGUAAUUUCAAGACGCCAAGCAAGUUAUCUGAAAGAAAGAAAUCUGCAUUAUGCUCAACUCCUUGUGUGAAUAUUCCUGCCUCUCCUUUUAUGCAGAAGCUUGGCUUUGGUACUGGGGUAAAUGUCUACCUUAUGAAAAGAUCUCCAAGAGGUUUGUCUCAUUCUCCUUGGGCUGUGAAAAAGAUUAAUCCUAGGUGUGAUGAUCAUUAUCAGAGCGUGUAUCAAAAAAGACUAAUUGAUGAAGCAAAGAUUUUGAAAAACCUUCAUCAUCCAAACAUUGUAGGUUACCGUGCUUUCACUGAAGCCAGUGAUGGUAGUCUGUGUCUCGCUAUGGAAUAUGGAGGCGAAAAGUCUCUGAAUGACUUAAUAGAAGAACGAAAUAAAGACAGCCAAGAUCCUUUUCCAGCAGCUGUGAUUUUAAAAGUUGCUUUAAACAUGGCAAGAGGACUACAGUAUCUACACCAGGAAAAGAAAUUGCUUCAUGGAGACAUAAAGUCUUCAAAUGUUGUUAUUAAAGGUGAUUUUGAAACAAUUAAGAUCUGUGAUGUAGGAGUCUCGCUACCAUUAGAUGAAAACAUGACUGGUAAUGUUUUUCUUUUUGUUUCAGUGACUGACCCUGAGGCCCAUUAUAUUGGCACUGAGCCUUGGAAACCCAAAGAAGCUUUGGAGGAGAAUGGCGUUAUUACCAAUAAGACAGACAUAUUUGCUUUUGGCCUUACUCUGUGGGAAAUGCUGACUUUGUCCAUUCCACACAUUAAUCUUCCAGAUGAUGAUGAUGAUGAAGAUAAAACCUUUGAUGAAAGUGACUUUGAUGAUGAAGCAUACUAUGCAGCUCUGGGAACCAGGCCACCUGUUAACAUGGAAGAACUGGAUGAAUCGUACCAGAAGGUCAUUGAACUGUUCUCCGUGUGCACAAACGAAGACCCUAAAGACCGUCCGUCAGCCGCACACAUUGUGGAGGCUCUGGAGAUGGACAUCCCAUGAUGCCCCUCAUGUGCCAGACCUCAGCUUCAAGUAGCGCUCGUUGGAAGAACUGUUCUGUUAAUCAUCACACAUGCAUAUAGUUGUCUGAUGACCUGUCAGUAGUAGGCUUUUGGGAAGCCUAUUUUAGGGCCAUAGCACCUUGUUAACAUUGGAAUGACUUUCUGAUUCAUUACUCUGCUAUUUCUGUAUGCUAAUUACUCUGUCGUGGGUUUUCUACAAAGUUUAAGCUGCUGACUGUACAUUAUUUGAAUGUGUUCAUGCAGAAUUAUAACACUAGCUGGAGAAUGCUGUAAAUGCUGUAUCUACCUUGACUGUGGAUUGUGACAGUUUUUUAAUGAUCUUUAUUCUUGUAA